AGUAACAUGUCAAACAUAUACAGGAGCCAUUGAAACGGUAAAAUUUGUAACAAAAGGUAUUUUUAUUGAGGUUAUUGUGGAAUUGUUUUCGUUGAAUAUAUCGUCUAAAUUGGGAAAUGGAGAUUACACUUUCAAUCUCAUUGUAUAAAGUGUGGCGAAGUUCACAGUUCGUAAUGCGAGUUUAUCUUUGAACUGGUAUGUUAGAUUAAAAGUAAAGAUAAAAAUAGCUCUUUAUAUGCAUAAUAUUUACAGGCGUUAUUUAAACAGUAACACUUUUAACACAAAGUAGUUUAUAAUUGAAGUUAUUGCUGAAUUGUUCUUGUUAUGGAUAUUGUCUUAUUUUGAAAAAUGGAGAGUACAGAUACAUGCGAGCCGUGCAAGGCGCGAGGAAACAUAACAAGUGCUUCUAAAUACUGCUUUACGUGUCAGGAAUCUCAUUGUUUAAAGUGUGCCGAGGUUCACAAAAGCUCCAAAGCUACAAGGACUCAUCUUUUAGUUCACAUAAACGAUAUUCAACUGUCGGUGAAGUUAAGCAACGAAUUAAAAGCAAAACAGACGUGUGGACAUCACGCGGGAAAGUAUUUAGAAUAUUUCUGUGUUGAUCAUAAGGCGUUUUUAUGUAGAACGUGUUUACUGAUGAAACGACAUUGUUCCAGAAUAAUACAUAUGUCUGCACCAUAUUCACCUGAUUUAGAAAGAAAAAUGUUUUCUGAUAAAAUAUAUGAUGAGUUAGAUCAAACCAUUCUAAAAGCUAAGUAUGCAAAGGAAAAAAUUCGAGAUGCUGUUGAGAGAUCAAAAUCUGUAGCUCAGGAAAUAUCAGAUAAGUUCGAUGCAAUACGAGAUAGAUUUUUAACGCAUUUUGAAGAACAAAAAUCAUAUAUAUUAAAUCAUGCUAAGAAAAAGAUUACUCGACAAACCGACUUGUGCAUGCAAAUGGUUGAUGGUGUAGAUGAACUUAUAACCGAAGCUGAAGGGACUGAGACAUUUCUGAAGGAAAUUAAAAAUGUAGAGCAAAAUUGUGACAUCGUACACUGGAUAAAGCUUAGCAUAGAUAAAAUGAAAGAAUUAGAAAAAAGAACAGAGGAGAUUUGCGAAGAAAAUUAUAUUAUCCAAGCAGAAUUUGAAAACACAUCUUUAGCUGAAUCAAUUGAAAAGAAAGAACCUUUCAUUAAAUGCUCCAUUAAAGAAACAAAGUUAAAAAUUUCAAAUAUUUCUGUAAAAACUACCAACAAAGAGGAAUUUUAUGAUUUUUUAUGUAGCAGAGACAUUUUAAGUGAAAAAGGCAAAUGUGAUGCAGAACGCAACAUCAAACAGGUCAAAACGUCUUUGGUUAACAAUCCUACAAAAGAAGAAACAAAACUUGACAAUAAAGAAGCAAGCAUUGUCACAUCAUUGGAGAAAGGUAAUGCUGAUAUUGCCAUACCAGUCAAUACAGAGACAUGUUUAUAACAAAAUGUCUUAUUAUAUACAUGCAAGGAAGGUGUUGUGCCACAAAUGGAAAAUACAAAAAAAUGCAUGGGU